AUGUCAGAAAAUGCCAAGAAACAAGUAAGAGUUUACCAUGGAGUGACUAAAAGUAUAUUUGACACUGAAAUUUCUGCUAAACGCGAGCCUGCUAUUUUACGGGGCCUCGACAUUGGAAGUGCGUGCAGCAAAUGGAGUCCAGAAUAUCUAGCGCAGUGUGGUGGAGAAAAGACGGUCAAGAUUCAUGUAUGUCCCACUGGAAGGAUGGAUUUUAUUCAUAAAAACUUUGUUUACAAGUAUGGCUUUCUCAAUGCUUUUGAUUACUUUUAAUCCGACCCAAAGUCGAGAGCACCUUUUAUAAUGUAAAGGUGUUUUCCUUUGUGAUUUAACCUUACCUCAUCUUACACCUUACCUUACCGAUCGUUAGUUCUACUAACUAUGCCCUACUUUAUGUUGUACUUAAAUUUUAUUCCUGUUUCAAACUUUAUUUUCUUCUGUUCUGGGAUAUGUAUGUACGAUAAUGGUUUGAAGCAAAAGGAAAUAAAAUUUGAAUUAAGAAUAAAAUAAAAUCAGGGCUGAGUUGUUCAAAGCUGGGUUAAGAUGAACACAAGCGAAAGAAACUCGGGUUAAAUUUAACCCCGGGUUAAGCGCUAAUUGGCCUUCGAACAACUGGGCCCAGGAAUUUAAGGUAAUUCCCUUGAAAAGGAAUGACUAUCCAGAUUUUUUUCAAACUUGGCACAAUUGUCAGCCAAACGUGCAUAGGACAUUCAAAAACUGCAGUAAAUAGAUAGGGUCAAAGUGCUUGUUUUCAGCCUGUGUGCCCGCAAUUCUGAGAGUUGUUUUCCUAGCUGGACGCGAAAUUCUCUGAACUUGAACAGCAGACAAAAAUUAGCAAAAACUACAAAUUUGGGCCUGUUUCUUUUGUCUGGGGUAUAAUUUUUCAGUUAAGUGACUUCAAAUUACCCAAUCGUAAAUACUGUAAGUGUAGAGAAAUGGUCAGUUUUAGCAUUAUCUCAUUCUUCUCUGUUGCUCUAAAUGCAGAGUUUCACAUCAUUCUUAUCUAAACAAAAUACAACUUCUACUAUCCAGAUUUGUAUAUAUUUUUUGUGUAGCCAUGACGAGUAGAAAACGCAAAUAGAAAUGGGGAGUCACCGUUCUCAUUUCGUCGCAAAACGACAACAAAGAGACAAUUUCGACUUCAAAUGAUCAUUUUGCAGGAGGGGACUAGGGUGAGUUUCAGCACAAACACUUAUUUAGCCAGUUAGAGUUAUCAAAAUCACUAUUAAAAGCACUGGGGCUACAAGAGGGGCCUUAAUUACCUCUUCUUAUGCGUCCUGUGAAAAUCAUCGCCACCUUUUGAAGUUGCAGUGCCUGGACACAAGGGGAUGCACAAUGCCAAACAUGGGAAUUACCUUAACAUCUAAACUUUGUAUACAUGUAUUAUAUCUUGUUGAAACGAACCCUCACUUGUAUCACAGGAAAAAAUAACAGAUUCCCAUUUUUGGAUAUUUUAGGGUAUUUAAAGAAUACCCAUAAAAAUCCCAAAUUUGGCAAAGUGAGACAAGUCCCAACCAGGGAAUUCCCAACCAAGUUCCCUGGUUGGGACUUGUCUCACUCUUCCAAAUUUGGGAUUUUUGUGGGUAUUCUUUAAAUACCCUAAAAUAUCCAAACAUGGGAAUCUGUUAUUUUUUCCCGUAUUAAGUCCCUAUUUUUUACUUUUAUUCAAUCUCUGCCAUUUCAGAACCCUUCCAUUUAACCAGUUUGUUGAGCGAGCUAGCGAAGAUGUCCACGGAGAAUAUUUCAUUUGUCCAGUAAGUUUACCAGAUAAACCAACAGGUUAAAACAAUAAUUUAUUACCUUUGUUUUUGUCCUCUUCACUCCAAUAUCCUUAUUUGCCCCCUACCAACAAGGUGGUCUGAAACAUCAACUUGCCCCAGCCCUUGCUUACAUGUACUUGCACAAGAAACCUUGCUCCACUUUGUCUUUCUUCUACCUGGCCCGGGUUGUUCAAAUGUUGUAUAGCGCUAUCCACUGGAUAAAUCACUAUCCAGCAGAUAAGUAUUUCGUUGUCCAGUGGAUAGUGCUUUGUCCAGUGGAUAGUGUCAAAUCCACCUUUUGAACAUCUGGGGCUCGGGGAGGGUAGGGUAGCACUGCAAUGGACCGGUAUCCCAUCCAUGGAGGGGAAUAGAACUAUUUGCCACAUGGCUCAUGCAUCAGACUUAACCUACCUACAUAGUGCUAUACAUCCCACACCCAUAGCUUAGUUUGACAACAGCUCUAAUAUGGGACUUCUUCCAUUUCAAUCCAUCAAUAUGCACUUCAAGCAAAUGCAUUUCUUCAAUUGUUAAAUUUUUUAAUAAUAGCACUUCAAACUGCAUUAGUUGCUUGCUCGUUAACUCAAAAUGUGUAUGGUAAAUGUAAAUAUUUUAGUGAAACAUUAUGUUUUACUUUUGAUUUUCUACUCUUAUUCUCAAGCUCUUGGCCAUCCACCUGGAUGGAAAUUUGUUACUGGCUCUGUUAAUGAAAUAAUUGCUAUGUUCUUCUUCCCCUGCAGAUGCAAGGCACAUUUGCAGUUUACAUGUAUUUUUUUCAUUUAUUCCAGUACAUCACAAGUAUUCUCUAGGCAAUAUAAAGUUGCUUAGUCUGAAUUAUUACAAUCAUUCAAAAUUCAAAAGUGGCAGUGUGAACUUUUGUGAAUUAAGAUUUGUUUUCAAUCCGCUGCUUUUGUUCCUGACUUUGACUGAAAAUGUUACCAGUUGUGAAGAUAUAGCACAUGGGGGAAAAAGACUUGGAGAAACCAAGUGAUAGAAUAAAACUAUUUUCCCUUUUUAGGAAGAAAAAUAUUACUUGAGAUCCAUUGGAGAUGAUCCAAGAAAGGUGAGAAGCAGUAUUGAUAAGAAUUUAAAAAUGUCUCCCAAAUAAAUAAUCAACUUACGUGUACACAACUAUGUAUUUUAGUACAGAGGUGAUAAAUUAUGGAAUAUGUAAAUGAACUUAUCAUGAUAAAAAUGCAAAAGGUCAUGAUCAUCUUAUUGAGAUGUUAACGUUUUGAAAAAACACUUAUGUCAUUGACUUUUAAUACUAAUCCACUUACAUUUAUGCUGGGCUUGCAAAUAGUCCCAUCCAGUAGUCUGGGACAAGUAAAUUUUCCUUCCUUGGAAAAUAACUUUUAUAGGUUACUUGCCCAAUGGGGAACAGUCCAGGGUACAAAUUAUCCUCUAGCAAAAUCACUAGCUGACAUGAGCAAGAAGUGGCCACAGCCAAGUGAAUUGUGAAAGCUGUUUCCCCAAAGGACAAGCUUGAAUUCAAUUUUCAAGCCCAGCAUACUUGACUAAAAGAUUUCUAUGGACUGGACAUAAAAUUUGUAAUCACUGUAAUUUCUGCUUUAUUGUCUAGGACAUAUCAGACAUAGCUGUGCAGUUUCCUAAACUAGCUCAGGAUAUUAAAAUACCAAAACUCUACCCUGAGGACAGAUUCUUUUCCAGCGUGUUUCGAAUAAGCUCCUCUAAUGGCCAGCUGUGGACUCAUUAUGAUGUAAGUAUUCAUAAUGCAUUAUUAGGGAGCUUAUAAGCAACAACAACAGCGAUGGCAACGAGAUUGGCAGAAAAGCGAUAGAUUUAGAUUGGCAAAACAACAACUCUACGCGUGCAUCACACUAUUUUUUACAUUUCUUUACCACUGUGGCACAACUAUGACGUGAAAUUGCCUAAUUUCAUGUUUUGUGGAGAAUGUGGCCGCAAUUCAAUAAUCCUGUUUUUCUUUUCCGGAACUUUGAUACAGGCCUUUAAAAUUCAACUCCUGAAGAAUUCACCAACAUUUGACAAAUUGAACAAGAUGGAAUAAGUGCAAUUAAGUUUGAAGCUGUGGUACACUCUUUUAAACUGACAUUUUCAUAGCUGUUGCAGUCGUUGUUGCCUUAGCUCCUUAUUAAUUAAAAACAGUUUACAGUAUUUGAGCAUGUUUUCUCCAAAAACGUCCUCUUUAAAGUGCACUCUUCCCAAACAAUUUCUUCUGUAAUCAGUGAUUAUAAUUACUUUGUUCUCAAAGACCACACAAUGCGAUGUUGGGCUAAAAGUUUAUUGAGUCAAAGUCAUUAACAAGUACACUGAGUAGUGAAUAACAUCUUAGCUAAAUCAAUAGACUUCCACAGAAGGGAGGGCUGGGUGACGUCCUUACCCAUCGAAUUGAGCUUUUCAUUGGCCAAAUAUGUAGCGUGCAUCCAGAUAAGCUUCAACUUCAUAUGAGCAACACAUGAUUAACCAAAAUCUUUCUUAGUAUAGGCAAUAGCAUGAUUUGGCAUAUUUGGCAUAUAUACCACCAGUGAUAUUAUUUCAAAAUUUUUAUACGUAAUUUCACAAGCUGUUAGGCAAGUGAAAUUUGAGACAAUUUUGAAAUAUCAGAAGUGGCGUUUAUGCCAAAUAUCACGUACAAAUCAUGCUAUUAUUUGUUAAUAUUACUACCCACAAAAGGUUUGUAAUUUUCACAUGUAGGUAUUUCAAAUGUAGCUGAAACACCACUACACUGAUCCAAUCCAAUUGCAGAAAUUUCUCAUGUAGUAGUAUAAAAAAAUGUAGUAAUUAUUGCAUCCUAAAUUUUUGAGUGGAUUUUGUGGUUUCUGUCAGCAUGAGUUGGCCUGCAUUUUCCACCACAAGUUUUAAUGUUACUUGAUUUCUGGUAUCCUUUUUCAGAUUAUGGAUAACCUCCUAAUCCAAGUCAUAGGACGAAAACGUGUGGUGCUCUACAGCCCAAGAGAGGCUACAAAACUUUAUUUAAAUGGUGAUAAAUCAGAGGUGUUGGACAUAGAUAACCCAGAUCUGUCUAGGUUUCCUAAGUUCACUGAGGUAGUUCCUUAUGAGUGUUUUAUGGAGCCUGGGGAUGUGUUGUUCAUUCCUGCCAUGUGGUUUCAUAAUGUGAUCUCUCUAGAGGUGAGUGGUUCAUGUAAUAUAUCAAACAUGAGACACAGUGUUUGAUCACCAGAUGAAACACUGAGAAGAGAGUUGAAAAUACAUUGCGCAGCGGAGUAUUUUUGACGAACUUCGAGGUGUUUCAUCUGGUGAUGAAACACUGUGUUGAAUUGUUGAUAUUACUUCUCAAACAAAAUUAUUUUAGAAGGAGAAAUUAAGGAUGCAAAAAUGAGCAGUUUUUCAAAGACUCAUUUAAGAUUAAUUGCCUUUGUACUUUCUUUAAGAACUACAAAUUAGUUUGAGAAAGUUACUACCAACUUCGCUAGGUCCCAAAUCUGCUAGUCAAAAGUUAGGGUCUGUUUACAUGGAAGUAGGGUACCCCAGAUGGGUGAGGUAACCCGCUUAGGUGGGGUAACCCGCAUGUCCAUGUUAUCUCUCAUUUUAAUGUGAUCACAUUUACAUGUUAAGUGGGGUAACCCGCCACAUGUUAUGUCACCUAGCUGGGGUCCCCCACCUUCAUGUAAACAGGCCCUUAAUCACCGUAAAUGAUUUAAUUGAUGCCCCCUCCAAAAAAAACCUCUUAUCUAAUUAAGGCCCCCUUUACGGUGCUAAGUUUGUAUUAGAUGCCCCUCUCUAAAUGUAAACACCCUCUGUCUAAUAGCCCUUAUUUCUUAUAAUAUUGUGAUGUCGAGGUGGCCUCUCUAUAUAAGCCUGGUGGUUUCUUUAAGUCUCCUCACCUAACAACCUGCUGUAUCCUGUAAAAUUUGCUGUAACAAAAAGGCUAAUAAAUGAUGAUGAUGAUGAUGAUGAUGAUGAUGAUGAUGAUGAUGAUGAUGAUGAAUAGGCACCCCCUAUAACAAAAUACUAGAAAUUUGCAAAAAGAGGCUAAACCAUUUAAUUUAUUCCGUUUCUUACACUUUUCUACGUUUUUAUCUUGAAGUUUGGAGUAGCAGUGAACGUGUUCUGGCGCCAUUUGGACCCCUGUUACUAUGACAGCAAGGACACAUAUGGGAACAAGGAUUUGGUUCCUGCUUCAAGGGCUAUGCAAAUAAUGGACCGUGCAAUUAAGGCCUUAGAGGAACUUCCUGAGGAGUAUAGAGACUUUUAUGCAAGAAGAAUAGUUUGUAAAGUAAAAGAAAAAUGCUAUAGACAUGAUCGUAACAGUAGUUAUACUGGAUGUAGUAUAAAUGGAGAAUGA